AUGGAUAUAUUCGGCCGUUGCAACGGCGGCGGUGGCGGAACCACGGUAUCCGGAAGCGGCGGCACCGGAGGAGGCAGCGCUGCCUCGGUGAGGGGGUCCAGCAACGAGUCCAGCUGUGGAGGAACGGCCAGCGCUGCCGUCGAGGGCGGUGGAUCCAACGGUAGGAUGCAGUUGACAGGAGCCUCGGCUCCUGGCACUGCCGCCUCGCCAGAGUCGGGUGUUUCCCCGUUGACCGAUGCGUACACGAAGAUGACCAACGACAUCCUGGCGGAGAGGACACUCGGAGACUUCGUCAGCGAGCAUCCCGGGGAAUUGGUCCGAACAGGAUCGCCCCAUCUGGUCUGCAGCGUAUUACCAGCUCACUGGAGGUCCAACAAGACUCUUCCGGUGGCAUUCAAGGUCGUGGCCCUUGGCGAGGUCGGCGAUGGCACAUUGGUGACUGUUCGUGCUGGUAACGACGAGAACUGUUGUGCUGAGCUUAGAAACUCGACCGCCCUUAUGAAGAAUCAGGUGGCCAAGUUCAACGAUCUUAGGUUCGUCGGGAGGAGCGGCAGAGGGAAGAGCUUCACGUUGACGAUCACCGUGUCCACGACGCCGCCCCAGGUCGCCACCUACACCAAGGCCAUCAAAGUGACCGUGGACGGGCCGCGGGAACCGCGAUCCAAGACCAGUGAGUAUCACUUGUUGUCUCUUUUAGGGCAGCAGCAGCAGUUCCACGCGUUCGCGUUCGCCUCGCAGAGGGGCGGUCCGUUUUUCGCCUCGCCGCUGGUGGACCCCCUGCAACCCUUACCGAAUCCUCUUCAGCCGUUGCCGAGCCCGCUGCAACCGCGGGACCCGUUGUCAUCCUUCAGGCACGCGAUGCCCGGUAACUGUCAGAACAUGUCCCAGUUCGGUCUGACUGCGAGCAAUUCAUGGGGUUACGGAAGCACGGCUGGUUACGCUGGUUAUCUUCCCGGCCCUUUAUCGUCGUGCGCGGCACAGGCCUCGUUCCCACCCCCGCCUCCGCCGCCGCCGCCGCCGCCGCCAUCGUCGUCGUCGUCGUUGGCGUCUUUCGCGGGGACCGCAUCCAUGAACACGCCGACGGCGCCCGAUUCGACAGCGGGUUCCACCGUCACAUCCGGCACCCAAGCUGGAUCCACGGCGCAGCAGGAUGCGUUCUCAGCGGUAUCCUCCUUGGUGCCAGACUCGACGACGACAGGUCAGUCUGACCCUCUGGACCCGUUGAGCAGUCUGAUGUCCGGCACACCGAGCCAAAGGUACCAAGACUACGUCUCCCCUAGAUCGCUGUCCACCGACUCGAGUACCACCGAGAGCCCAGUUCACGAAGAGCAGGGUUUCGGUCAGAACUACGGCAACUACUUCCCGACGCCCGGUGUGUUGCCUAGUAUACUCUACUCCCAGCUGUACGGGAAUCAGUUCCAGAACAGCGAGAGCCCGGAGCAGAGAGCGGUCGCGGACAGUUGCAGCGUGAGGCAGGAGGAAGUCAGACCGGACAACAACGUCUGGAGGCCUUACUGA